AUGGCAGACCCAUCACCCCAAUCCCGUCCCCAGUCUCCAGUCGAGCAGGAUCCAUUGACAUCACGGAGCCCAUAUCAGAACACUCAAGCGCAGGAUUCACACCUAUCCAUCCAAACAUCCCACUCCCAGCAGAGCCAGGAGAAGAAGAAGAAAGGGAUUUUGUGGAGUAUAUCCGACAAGGUGGACGCAUCGAUGACCUUGUUCCGUCAUCGAUCACAGAAACGACCCCUGACCCCCAUACCAGAAGCUUCUACCUCGAAGCACUCCAGGCAUAUGAGGAAGCACUCAAUCGGACAGGAAUCGACGAUGGUGGAGACUCAGAUGGAGGAUCUUACCAUCCUUGGUCCCCAUCCCCAGCACCCUCCUCGACAAUUCGAGCCUUCUCCCCUGGACGAAGAGUGGUACCAGGCAAUGGCCCAAGCAUGGGCAGAUGGCCAAUCCAUGAGGGAAGAGCCGCGAGUAGCGGAAGUACCUCCAUCGUUUCCAGGACCUCCCAGGAAACCAUCGAGGCCCCUUCCCCUGAGCCCUACACCCCCCAUGGUUCUCCCCUCCCUGAAGACCAGCAGCGACAAGCCAUCUGGGACUGGAUCGAGGCCAACAAUGAUCCCCUCCCCCUCCCUGAGUACCCUUGGCAUUCUCAAGGGGUCCCUGCUUACCCACCGUAUCGAGGCCCCCUUAGACCAGACUCCCCGACCCACGGACAGCCCAAAAGAGCUUUUGUCACCGAGAACCGAUGAGUCACAGAGGCCCAUGUGCUCGCCAGCCCCGUCAUCCCAUUCGAGCGACCAUGGACCCGGGUUCACCUCGUGCUCAUCAAGUCCGGACUCGACAUACAGUCUGCCAGGCUCCCUCCAGAAGUCAAGGCCUGUCUGGAGGCUGGAAGAGAGGUGGCAGCACUCAGCAGGAGCAUCAGGGAAUAUGAAGAACGAACCUGGCCACAUGAGUUUGACAGGACUGCCAUCCCCAAUUCGGAACCCAACCCGACCUGGGUCUCCAAUUCACAUCACCCAUGUGCCAACUUCAUAUGCAUCAGGUACGGGAUCUCCGAACCUGAAGACAUCACUGCCUUCAGAGGCAUGGCAACCUACGACUGGACCGGAGUACCGGUACUCAACAACGAUGAGGCCUGAAGAUAUGCAGCAAUCUACUCGGCCCCCCGUCUGGAUCCAGGACAAUAUGCCGACGAAGCCACCCGUAGGAGGAUACUACAGGGAGGUGCUCAAGGAGGUGCAUCUCGUCUUGGAUAGGAAGGUUGCGAUGGUCUCAAUGCUCCUAUGGGGGCUCACAUGGGACGAACUAUUUGAUGAAUGGAUUACAGCAGUGCAGGGCAUGCUGGGAAUCAAUUAG